AGGUGCGUGGUGUUUUGUUUUGUGUCUUCCGUGUCUUGAUAUUCACAGCAUUAUUUUGUUUUCAGUUGACUAAAUCCCAAAAUUUUUUUAGGUUAGGGAGAGAGUGAACAUAUCUGUAUAAUGAUCACAGGUCAUCAGGCUGAACCUAAAUACUAAGAACUUGUGGUAAAAAGUACUAAGCGUUUUCUGUUUGUUCGUACUGGUUAUUCGAAGUCGUAGGUUCGCAGAUCGUGCAUAAUUCAAGCAGCGAUAUAAUUCUAUGUUAGGUUAAAUGUAAAAGAUACAGGCUACUUCUUCUUCGCGGACGAGUGCAUGAGAGUGCACGGGCGCGCUCCAUGGUGCCAUUGUUCUUCGAACUGCCAACUCAGUAGUCUGUACCAGUAAACGAAAGAAAGCGCGAAACAAGCAACGAGAUUUCUUCUGCGGUCAGAGAAGGUGAUUGAAUUGCACCUCUAAGACCUGAAAGCUGAAGUCGACAACUUCUUUUUCUCGCCUUGUCAGUGUGCGAAAGUAGUAGACAUCUUGCUUGAUCCCGACGUGUUUUCGUCGCGUUUUUCCGAGGACCGGAUCAGAAGUGAUGCUGAAGCAGAUUUAGUCAGUGCGUGGUCGAGUUCUUAGACCCACCUGUCUGACACACUGGUCGCCUUCAGCUGCCUCAGGCACCUCCUGACCUUCGUUCAGGCGAGUUUCGCCUUGGGAUUGCAUACGCAGCGAAGUAUCCCCUCCUAAUGUCGUGCUGAGACGAAAGCGGACAGCCAGCGAGACGGCUCGUCUCGUGCGGCCCCUCCUUCGGAGCCCUCGUGCUACAAGAAAUUGUAGAUCCAGAUCUAGUCGUAGUCAGUAAUCACCAGCAGGUCCGUACAAAUUAGUAGAAGUGGCGACAGAGACAAUGUAUUCCAAGUGGAGCGAUGAGGACGAGCGCCGGCGCAGUGUGCACUUGGCGCAGCCGUCAGGCAAAUCAGGAGUAUCAAUUUCAGAAAUUCAGAGCAGAGUCACAUAUUUUGAUUAGCCUUUUUCUAGUGUACAAGUUGUUCUUGCAGAAGUACAGAGCAAAUAAGAGGUACUAAAUGAGCUGCAGUAGAUUUCGUAGUUGUACUAGACAAAACAAUAGUACUAGGAUGAAAAAAUGAAGUUUUUUUUCGGAUAGCCUCCUCUACAAAGAUCACAAAACGCAAAAUCGAUUCUGAGAAAGCGAUUCUGUUUCUUUCCAUCAAAUUAAUUGCAGGUUAGUGGUCAAAAAAAGCGAGUCUACAAUUGCCUUGUGGAGGAAGGAGAUCGCGAUCGCCAGAUGACUCUUGCGGGUACUUAGAUAUUCAACCUCUGUCUACACCUACAGAUGCACCACAAUCCACAAUGAAUUGAUAUCUUCCGAACAACUCUAGGGUCGUUUUUGUAGGUAUAGAUAUUCCAGAAUAGUUGAUAAAAGAGUAGAGAGGCUGUCUGCAAGCAUGGAUAGUAGUAGAAGUUUCAGUCAUGACUACAACAAGGACACAAGUGCUUCCAUAGUCGAGGUGUCGAGUUUCUGUGCUUACUGCUUGUGAAGCAAGAUGGAGCUGCGUCAGAUCUUCAAGGCGAUGACAGAAAACUACUUGCUUUUGACCACGACUACUCCACCGUGGCGCAUAGUACAAUUACUUCAGUAGCAGGGGACAAAGGAACUGCACGUGCACAAAACUUCUUCUACUGUCAUCUUCGACUUCGUCGCAAAUUGUUUUGAUUUUGUCGCGUUGCAACAACGCAAGGGGUCUGAGUAAUAUUUGCACUUUACGGCGACGCUCGCUUCUCGGUGCCUCGCGUUGCUCACGAGCGCCAGUUUCUGUAUCAGCGACACGUUGCGACACAGGCAGUUUUAUGAUUUUGUCUGAUUUUUUUUCACUCACGAAAUGUAGGAAACCAUGACCAUCUCGGCCAUCAGUGACUAGAGUUGGAAUAUGUACUAGCAAAUGAAGAAUAAGAGAUACUUGCGGCGUUUUUGUGAUCGUGAUCAUAUCCCAGACAGACCAUACACUCGUUCAUAUGUAGCUUUUUUAGAAGGAGAGCCUUUCUGUCGAACGGCAAGAGAGAAAUAGUGACCACUAACAAGAUGUUUACAUCGAUUGUGUAUAGCAACGUGAAAGCUCCCCAUUUUCUAUAAUUGCCCAACAGAUCGUCAACAGAUGUGAUUAUCAAUAAACUUCGGGAUCUGGAAUUUUCGGAGUGAAGGAAUCCUCAAUAUUAUUCUGUUUCGUUUGUCUUUCUCAUCCUUGAGCCGUAGUUUCAUAUCUCCCUAGUCGCUCAACAUCCUCGUAUUCCAGUUUAUAUUCGUAGUCCAGGCAGUUUAUUUACAGGACCGUGAUAGUCUAGGCAGAGUUGUUGUUUAGAAAGGAGAAGGUCUCACUGUGCCUUAUGUGUGUUAAGCGUCCUUAUGAGUUAUCUCCCUUCUAAAGCGGAGAAAGAGGCCUUCGCUCUUACUAUUGAAGGGUGUCCCCGGGAGCAUCAAAGUAAGGCACCCAUAGCCUCAGAAGUCAUGAGCGAGUGUGCUCGUGUUGCCUCAACCGAGGUCGGAGGUGGCAGAGAAGGAGUCCGAUCGAUGGGUCCUGUCGUCGAUUUUCAGCGGCUAAGAAUCGUAUUUUUUCAGGAUGCGGGGUGGAUGCGCCAAUGUAGUGGUGCCUCCUGACUCGGCUGCGUUCUACUUGUUCUAAUACAAAUGUAACUCUUACCCGGACUGGAGUGCGGGUGCAUAUCCGAUUGUCACGCCGUAUGGGAAAUCGGAAGAAACCAGCACCACUCUACCACAAAACAGAGUCAACAUUUCGUCAGUGCGUUCCACCUAUUUGAAGAGGACGAAAGUUGCACGUUUCAUCAUCAUCGUCGCAUACUCACAUAAAACGAGGAGUUGUUGGUCGCACCUUGUUUUUUUUCAGCAAGAUGAAUGUGAAGAAAAAGCAAUACACGAUUAUUAGAACACCAGAUAAAUACCGUUGAGCAGCAGAAACAGAACGAAAAAGAGUUCAAAUAUGUAUAUCCAAAUUUUCUGCUCACUACCAUUGUAUCUACUCUAUAAGUACAUCAUGAAAAUUAUGACUCCAUUUAAGCCUACUGAUUUCAGCAGCUGCAGUGCUUUCUUUUCUUUUAUUCGUCCAUUUUGCUAUAUCAGUUCUAUUAGUUCUUGUUUCCUAGUUUCAGAUUGAUUGCAUUCCAUAUUUGACUUUCAGAUGGAUCAGGCUCUUCGAGCGCAUGAGUGUGCUUAUUCAAAGAUGGUCAGGGCAGGAUCAAAAUGCUUGGUAAAGAUAUCACGCCGUAAGUAAAAAGUGUGAGUAAUUUUCCUUUAUCAUGGUUCUGCAUGGGAUGAGAAAGAAAAGCGUUGUUGAUGUCUGCCAUACGCCUGUUGCGCUUAUCAUGAGGUUGGCAAGAAAGGCAUUUCGUGGAGCAGCCAGCUCGUGCGUGGUUGAAAUACUUGCGGGUGGUGCCAUACCAGCGUGUCACAAGUAGUCUGACGGUGGGCGAAGAAUGAAGAUGGGCCAUGCAGCACAGAGUAGCGACUUCUAAAGAACCACCAAGAGGACACAAACUACGACUUGAUGUAGUAGUUUCUUGUCAAUGUUGGCGGGAGCAUCAAGGUUGCAGUCUUCAGUGGCCCCACCAGUAUUGAGGACCUCAACUACAGCUUCUUCAACAUGCACAACAUUUGACCAUUUCCAUUUUCAUUGCGCCGUGCCUCGAAAAGUGUCCUGCUGCCCUUCAACCAGACGAAGAAGCACAUGUCAUGUCCACGUAGACCAAGGUUUUUUGCGUGGAGAAAGUAGUAUCAAGAACAUCGCAGUAGCAUUAACAGAACAACAUCUUGGCGAUACAACAUCAAGAACGACUUCUUUUCACCUUCUUCUAUCCAUCUGACCGCGGAUGAGAUGUCAAACUAAAACUAUUGUUGAUGUUGAUUUAUACUAAGCGUAAGAUGCAUCUUUGUUUUCGUACGUACAUUCUCAUGGAAUUCCCAAAAAUGAACGAGGCACUGACGGCACUCGUAAUAGGCGACAGAAAGAGAGCCGAAAAGAAGACCGCGAGCGAGAUCGAAGGUCACCCGACACAAGAGAACGUACACGUGAUGGCCAACGACGCGGUAGAGAACGCGCUGCCCCCUCGAUCUCAAAUAAAGCAGGAGGUGCCCUUGUUUUUCAUACUAUGCGAUACCGUACUUUUGCGUUUGUCACUUCAAACAGAACAUGCACGUCUCACGAAUGUGAUUUUUUAUCACUCUCUAGAGUGUUGAUGGUUUGAUUGUAUGCCACUGGCUUUCAAUCCAUCAUUAUGUGAAGUAAUCAUCGGAAAAAAGUAGAGCAGAUGUUCCUUUGUUUAUAACUACAUCAUGAACCACUCUUUGAUCAUGUGAAAAACAACUUGAACUAAUAGGUGGCCGCCCUCCCUCGGAUAGCGAUAGGGAUGAUGCGGGAAGCGGCAAGGAUUCGCCGAAGGCGGCGAAGGUGACCGUAUUUGUUCCAUUAUCUUCGAAGGACUCCUCCAGUAGCAACAAAUCCGAUGAACGCCCGCAGAAGGAUGUCAAGCAGGAUGCUGCGCAGACGAGCAGUCGGCAGCAGACCUCGCAGAAAGAUCAAAAGGCAGCCUCUUCUUCAACCACUAAAAAGACUGGAGGUGAUUCUGCUGCAGGACGGUCAACUAAGUCAAAGAACAAGGGCGGCAGCAGUAAAAGCAAAGAAAAGAAGGAAAGCAGCAAAGAGAGUCGCGUGGCUGAUAAGACGGAGGGCAGCAAGGAAAGCGGGCGCGAGAAGAAGAAUAAGGCUGCAGGUCGCGACAAGAGUGAAGACAAGGAGUUGGAAAUCUUGAACAGCAGCAAAACCAGCUCGAAGAAGGACAAAAAGGAGGACAAGAAAAAGAAGGAUAAGAAGGAGGCUGCCGCCGAAAAGACGGACAAAAAGAAGAAGAAAAAGGAGACAAAAUCUGGCAAAGAAUGCGCUUCGACGGCGAAGCAGGCGUUGGACCGCAGCACCUCCACGGCAUCGAAACGAAAGGCACCUGCGUCAUCAACCAAUACCGUUGGAGCAGCAGCAGUCUCUACUAAAGGAGCCACGGCGCCACCAGCAAGUCAGUCCCGUUCAAAUAAGUCUGCAGCGGGCAGUAAAAAGCGGGAUCGUAAAGACUCGAGUAGUGACGACAGCGAGCGUGAAGAGGACUCACCACCUCGGGCUACGCGAGCCCGAGGCUCGAAACGCGAUAAGCGGAAGGAUCGCGGCGCGACGUCGAAUCGGGACACGAGCAAAGAAGACCGGUCACGGAAAGAGCGUGCGGGCGAGGGCGAUCCGAAAGAAAGCUCGAAAAAUGCCGCUCUAUCAUCUGUGCCGGAAGAGAAGAACAAUGCUAGUGCUGGCACAACCAGCAACGUGGCGGAACCCUCAGGAGCUGCGCCUUCAGCAGCCAAGAUCGUGUCAAAUAUGCCUCACGCAAAUGGAAAAGACGAACGAGGAGGAGCUCGAAGUGGUAGCAGACCAGCCGGUACGAGAAGUCGGACGAUAACUAGACCUGCGAUUCCGUCCUCCUCAUCCUCGGAAGCACGCGAAAAGGAACCGGCGAAGCGAGAAGAAAGUCGCGAUCGAGAUACUAGUGGGCGGAAUCUUGGCAAGACCAGCGCUCGUUCUGAAGGUCCAACCGAGCGAAACAAAGAUCGAUCUGCAGACGGCGCUGCGCCCCUCCGCGAUCGAAGCAACGCUGUGCGAAGUAGAGGAGAGUGGCGGGGCGAAAAGCCAUCGUCAAACAUCCGCAUCCCUGAGUCUAGUGAGGAGGGGAGCGCCGGAAGACUGUCAAAUCGCGGCGAUCGUGAUGCCCCGUCCGGCGCCCGGCAGAAGCAGAGUGCUUUGGAUGAGGAUGCGAGCCAAGGCCGCCCGACUAGAACAGGAGAGUCGGGUGCUCGAUCCAGGGCUGUUGCCGGAUCAUCUCCGAGUCCACCCCCUAUCGAUAGAAGUACCCAGCGAGGUCGCGCAGCCGCGGCUGCAUUCGAGACGCAUGUUGUGCAAAAGACAAAGAACGACACUAGCCAGCUUUUAGAGAGCCCUUCCGUAGACAAGGCUGGUGCGACAGUGACGAAAGUAGCGGAACCUGCGGGUGCCGCUAGCGCAUCCUCUGCAACGAGUAGCGCGGUGGGAUCAACUAGUACUAUGACGCGGGGACGGUCGCGAUUCGACGAGCCACCUCUUGCAGUGCCCCUUCCACAGGACGCUCAUAGCGCGAUUAGUGAUGACGCCGAGCUAGUUGACUUGGGUGAGUCAAGAUUAUCUUCCAAGAACACUGAAGGUCGGGACGCAAAGAGGGCGAAAAAAAGAGCACGGCAUGAUGGCGACUCCUACAAUCACGAAGCUGGCUCUCGUGGACAAGACAAUCAACGUCGUGGUCGAAGCGACUAUAAGGCAUCUCGAAGCGGUAACUCAGAUGCCAACGCCUUCAACGCGUCAUCAACAUCAGGAGGACCUCACCGAGAGCAGUAUUCCAGCGACAACCUCCCCUUCAUACCUCCUCACCCAGGAAGGUCCAGCGCGGAUUCCCAACAACAAUCUGCGAACUUCAAUAACCCAGCAUCCUCAAGCAACUCCCAGCAAUAUCACACCAACAAGCACCCCCGUAACUACAGUGACGCGCGCAACGCUAGCAGUAGUAGCUUGCAUGCAUCUUCCAACAACCAAUAUCAUCAUCGCGACCAACACGGAAUACCUUCCGGCGAGGAGCAUUUGCAGAGAGACCGCGGACGUCGGAUAAGCAGUUCCUCUAAGUACAAUCAGAGCGGCAGACGUCGCGGAAACUCGCGAGGCGACCGACGUCGAGAUCAGCGCGAGCGCAGCCGAGACCGCGGUCAACAGCAAGAUCGCACUGGAAGAGGCCGCGAUCGACCACGCAGUCGCGAUAGAGAACGUCGCCGCGACCGCCAACACGCAUCAAUGCCGCAGCGAACGCAACCAGGGUCGUCGCUGCCACAGCUCCAUCCAGCGCGACAUCCCUAUGCGACUAGCAGCGCUACUAGCGGCGCAGACGGCGAUAGCAAAGCUCCACGGCACGGAUCGUCGUCUUCGGCAACGGGUGACGAAGAGCCGGCUCCCACCGAUCAUAACAGGUCACGCGGAAUAGAAGGACCGCGUGCAAAUGGCGAGAGCGCUGUUGCCGAUCAGGAAGCGUCGAUAUCAGACAGACCCACGCCGAAGCAAGGAGCUGCUGACGAUGGAGUAGAUCUGCAGGGUCGUUCCUCCGCGUCUACGGGGGAUGCGUCGCAAGCGAGGAUCGGGGACUAUGGGCGCGAGACAGAUCGAAGUCGUAGCGCACAGACGAGAAGGCAUCAAGACCGCAACGGACCAGGACUACCCUCACUAGCUCUCGGCGGCUCAUCUGCAAGCGGAUCCUCCGGACAGAGGAACGUGACGCGCUACGUGAACCCAGAGGCGCUUGCGAGUGGUCUGUCAGGCCCCUUUUCGGCAAGAAGGCACCAAACUACAGGUACCUCUGAAAACGGCCGAACUGCUACAGGGACACAACAAGCUUCAUCUAGCGCACUAUCUUCGUCCCCGCAAAUCCACAACCCCUAUGUCCAGCAAGCCGGGUCAACAGCUAUUGGACCACCCCAACCAUCUGACCAGCAAGGCGCCACCUCAUCUUCCAGUGGAGGAGUGCAAUUGUUGCCAGGCCCAGGGGCUGUCUCGGUCCCAACAUCAAGUGGUGGCAUCACCCACCUUGUCCCGGCACCACAGCACAGGGAACGGGGCCGUGGCCGAGGUAGCAGCCACGAUCGGCACAGAACGCGUACCAAGGACGGUGGAAAUAGCAAAUCUCACUCCCGUGGGCGCGGUCGCAGAGAAAACCGCCGACGUCGCAGUCGGAACCGGAGUAAAGGGUCCAACGAAGAGCGUCGGCGGGCGCGCACAAGCAAAGACCGCUCCCCACGACGUGCUACUGGUGGUGGUCGGUCCCGAGAAAAUCGUGGUGGUGACCAAGGCCGGAGGCGCACGCGCGACGGCGAGAAGAAACACAGCAGUCCUCACAGCAGGAAUCUCACCAAACGCUCGGAGACCUCCAGUGGCAUGGGACUCACCAGUCUGGGCACCCUCGGACCAGCCGGACCUGAGAGUCUUCCGUACUGCGUUGACUUUGGAUUUUCAUUAUCUAUUCAAUUUCAUUUCUAAAUAUGGUUCUUGUUCCCCGCUUUCAGCAGGCUCGUCUGCCGCCUUUAGAUACUUGAGUUCAGAUGAGUUGGGAAUGACAGUUGUAUCAUUUAGUAGGCUUUUCUAAUUAGUUACAAUCCUUCUACAGGCAAAUGUUGGAGAAUUACUUCAAUUUUGUGGAUGCGUUGACGAAUCCGCUAGAGAAUGACGAGAAGUUUUUGUCGCGCCAUCCCAAGCUGUUGAGCGCUGAGGACUACUCCGCGCAGAUUGCUCGAGCAAAUAACCGCAAACGGGAGCAGUACACUGGUCCGUCGUUGAUGCCACCACCAGUGAAUAUUAUUGACCGAUUUCAGAUGGUGCGACGUGACAAGGCGAAUCGGGAUUCGGUUCCUCGAGUCGGUCGGGGGAAGUUCUUUCGCAAGGAUCCCUGCGAAACCGUGAAUACAGCGAUCGUCGCUUCGCCAAAAGCCACUGGAGUGGUGCCGACCGGAGGAGCGCCACCAUUCAGCGCAGCGGCCCCACCACCUGCAACUGCUGCAGGAGGCAAAGCAGGCACUGCCGGACCGUUCGAUGCCAAGCCCGCAGGACCUGCGUCAUCAACAGGUGAUGCUAAGACAGAGAACAAGCCCACCGCCGACGCGAAAACAGAAAAAGCCGCGGCGAGAGCCGAAGGUAAAGGAGCCGCAGCAACACAGCCAGCCGUGACAACGGGUAAAGGUGGCUCUGUUGCUGCAGUUCCGAAGGCUGCUCCUGUAAAAGGCAAGGGGAAGAAAGGAAAGGGUAAGAAGGGGAAGGCUAAAGGCGCUACUGGCAUUAGUGCUGACAUUUUGGCGCAGUUGAACAGCGGUUCAGCGUAUCUGAAGAAGCAGAACGCGAAGGCGAACCUGGGCGCGCAGAGUAGCUUUGACCAGAGCGAGAACGAGAAAGACACGACGCCAGCAACGACUACAACAGCCAGUGGGGCUGGUGCGGCGAAGGACCUGAUCCAUAAAGACGGUAAAGAUGGAUCUGCUACCGCUGCAGAAGGCGCUACAGCCUUGGCUGUAUCGACCAAUAAGGAGGCUUCUGCUGCUGGCAAGGGUGGUCCUAAAAAAGAGCGAACCUACGCUAUGGAGGAGGAAUCUUCUGGCGAAGGAAGUCCGAGCCGGCGGGCGAGCAAGCGUGCGAAGACAGAUGCAACAGCAGAAGCAGACCAGAAACCCGACGCUUCUGCUGCAGCAGCCUCAGCUACCAUCAAGCAAGUGGGACCUGCAACUGGGACUUCGGCAGCGCCUGAUGGCAUCAAGUCAGCAGGCGCUGGUGUCAAGUCUUCGCUCCGUGCAGACGGUGUGGCCUCGGUCGAAGCGGGCAGUACAGGCAUUAGGUCGACCCUUGGUCCAGGAGGUAUCCUAACUCCGCAGCGCGGGGUUGGGCCAGGUGGUUUACGGACGCCGCCACCCGUCGCACCGGAAGAACAGCGCAAACCCCGUAGACCCGCACCUGCGACCAGCGGAGUCCAGUGGACGACCAUAGAAAAUGAUGGUGACAGAUCUACGGGACUCAAGAAGACUGGACCGGUACUCAUCUGGUUGUUUCUUUUAGACGUAAGGCUUGUAUACAACUAGGUUUACAACAGUGAGGAAUCUUGUAGAGCCCUCCACUAAAAAUGUGUGGAGGUCGCCCUUUGCAUUUCAAUCCUGAUGAUUUUGUGAUCGGUUAUAAUGGAAUCAUUAUAUUAUAAAUAAAUAUCGUGAACAUACAUCAUAGGUAUCUUUGCGUCAUGGAUGCACGCAGACGGAUCACCUGAAUGCGGAUUUUGAGCUUAACGUGUAUGAAGGGCCGCCACUGAACCUAGAGAAUUUGAGGAGUCGAUGGUUCCACGGGAAGGAAAUUAUUAGACCAGCAGGUAGUACUCCUACUCUACAUGUCAAGAAGCUCUUUUCAUCUUCUGAAUCUAUUAGCUUUACUGCUCAUACAACUUUUGUUCAAGGAGGCAUCGAAAAUAGAGAUAGUCUUUGUUAGUUCUUCUAUCUUUUGUUUCGCACGGUUGGUAAUAAUACAGGGCGACUCUGGUAAAAACUUCAUAAUCCAUCCUUGCUAUUCAUCAGGUAACCCUGACGGCGACAGCGAUUCUAGCCGUUCGAGCUCGCGUUCAUCAUCACGCUCGCGGUCGUCAUCACGGUCCCACAGUUCGCGUCGUCGGGCGCGUUCGAGGUCGAGCUCCCGAUCUCGCUCUAGGUAUUAAAUUGAGUAGUAGUUGGAGCAGCAACUUAUCCACUGGUUUUUUUAAAACUUUUUACGAACUUCAGCAUGAUCUUCAUGAGAAACGUGGCCGCGUGAAUUAUCUUUCAAUCUUCCAUUUAUCUUCUUUUCAAAGGUCUUCGAGAUCACGGAGCAGCCGUAGUUCGUCGCGUUCACGGUCGUCCUCCCGCUCGUCGUCGCGGUCGAGGUCUUCGCGUUCUCGGAGCCGCAGUCCUUCGAGACAACGCAGCAGCAGCAACGCCGGUGAUGCCCCAGCACCGGAAGCCACUGCAGGGCCUGCAGCGCCGGUUGCGCCCGAAACACGCGGCGCGCCUGUUACUUACGACGACGAGCUCUAGCGCUGUUCUGUGCGAAAGCUCCGUCUCAUGGCAGGACCAAUGCGGAAAGACCAGCUAUUUAAGGGUCCUCUUAUUCCUGAAUAGUAGAUAUUCGGUAUCUCUCGGGAUCAGCAGAUCCGACUCCAACCUCUAUUUGCGAACAAAUUUUGUUGCGCUCCGGUGGAGGUUUUUAAAAUUUUACUACUUCCAUGCAGAUUCUUAUCGUCGUUUCGAUCUUGUUGGAUGGUGGUUGUAGCGCUAGCGCCAGUAGACUUUGGUUAUAUUAUAAGGUUGAGGACGAGCCUGUCGGAGAUAGUUAUUCCUGGUGACUUCAGAAACAUAGCUACUUAGUCUUAUUCUGACGCGUCGGCUUGUUCCCACUAGUAUGGUUUCGUCCAUAUAAAUCAGGAAAUCGCCUUGUAUGAGAAAUAUUCUAGCACUUCUCCUCGCUCUCAGCUUUCAAUCUUUCAAUCAGUCUUAUCUUGUUUUACAUUGUGAUUUAGCAGUUUUCUACCCUUGCAAGUGCACUGCACCUGCGUUAAGAAAUCUCAAGCUAAGUCGUUGCUACGAUCUUAAUCAGUUUUCAAAAACCUUCCUGUUGUACCACAAAAACUAUUUUCUACAAUUCUUAUUUCCAUGGCGUAGCUUUCGUAUCAUCCACAUCUUGUAAAUAGGACCGACGUGAUGAAGUCCUCGCGGAGUGAAAAAGGACUGGGACAGACCUAUCUGCUGAACCUUGUAGUUGUCCACAGUCCUCAUGUCUACGUGAAAGGGGACGAGGGCAGCACACCUCCAAUGUGAAUCUUGUUGCCCAUUAAUGUUUGUAGAGACGACGCGGCCACCAAUGCCUUUCUUGAACCUUUUGUUUGGGAUGCAACAAAGACUACGUAGAAGGAAUCUCGUCACUUCGCAGGUCUUUUCGAUGUUGAGUCUACUACAAUCACGAACCGAGCAAGCGGAAAAGAAGCAUUCGGCCCAUCUGAAAUCGAUAAAAUUAAAGACCUUCAAGAUCAAAACAACAAAAAAUUCCAGUGUUCAUAGC